AUGGCCGCCGAACGUCUCCUCUCCCGAUCCCGUAUCGAAAAACGGCGUUCUGAAUCUUCAACUGUCAGAAAAAAAUUCAUCAAGGGUCUGAUGAAUCGUUCUGCACCUUUCGUGAACGGGAGCGAUUCCCGCAUAAUGAAUAUCUCUGUCUGUGUAUGGCGGUCAGCCCAGUAUUUCUCACCAGUGCCCACUUACACACACUCUCCUCCUCCCCUCUUCUCCUCUCGUCGUCAACGUCCGCUCCCGUCUCGUCUUCAUUCGCUGGCCCUUCCUUCAACGCCGAUAUGUAAAGGAGCGCUGGACGGAAGGGAGGCUCGUGGUGACACUCCUAAUGACAACGGUAAGUUCUUGUCAACGCGAGUCCUGCACCCAUCCUUAAUUACCAUGCUGCUCGUGCUUCCCAGGUUACCCAUCAUCGAGUUGUCCGCCCCGUUUCUCGUUCGUCGCGUCUCCCGCGUAACAUCCGCCCUCGAUGAGAGUCGAGACUCUAAAAGCGUCGACGUCGUUCACAAUGGCAUGAUAGCCUACAAAACCCGCCGCCAACAUCGUCGCCCAUUCGACUGGGAUUGCGGUACACGAAGCUCUCAGCGUACAUACGAUGGACGUGACGCCUGCUUCAGAUUCUACUAUUUUCUAGGUCGUAGGCAGACGUCGACAAUCCCACACACUACGAACGACUCGAUCGCUGAGGGAACGGGACUGGAUAGUCAAGCACGCGGUGUAGAGAGGGAGCAGAAAGGUGUAGCAUGCCUGCCAGUCAACUCCACCAGAUCACGACAACGAGCGCAACGUACCGCCGACGUGCACACCCGACAUCGUCAAGACAUCUCCCGGCUUUGUUUAUCGCGCCAGCAAAGUGGGGAGCUCGAAACAGGCCUAGACGACCCAUGCCCCUGCGUAAACGGCGAUGCGCAACGAUGUUCACCAUUGAACCCGACCCGCAAUUCAGAGGCUCGUCGUUUGAGGAGGGGUUUAGGGAAGCAAAGCUUGGACCGAAAGCCCAUCCCAACUCCAGCCUUCUACCGACGUCGUCAAAGGGGAACUGAAGACACGGACGACCAACACCCUCUUAUCAGCGACGACGCGCCCCCAGAACUAUGUUCACCGUUGAAGGCGAUGCGAGGUGUGGCAUACGCGAAAAAUGUCAGUGGGUCCGGCUUGACGCAUAGACCGUGGCAACGUGCCUUGCAAGAUGCGUUCACGUUCGUCGAACAUUGUGUAGUCACAAUCGAAUCCAAGCUGCUCGCUAGCGAUGACGUAGCAGUCACUCUUCCUUUUUUGUACUGCUUGGCUGCUCUGAGAACAACGUUAUUUGAACUUCCUGAAUACAAGUUAUACAACGAACUUGGAGAACGCCAUCCUAACGGGCGUUUGAUUUCAAUCCGCGAUCUUGUGAGAUUAGAAAACGCGAAAACAACUGGAACAUUCGAUGCGACGAGUUUCCGAUCAGAGCAUAACUUGACCUGCACAGGACACGCCGUUGUCACUGCAUCUGGCGUCGGCGCUCUUGCAGCGUAG